AAAAAAAAAAACUUCUAGAAAGAGCUAGUGGAUUCUACAGGCAGCAGAGACGUAACUGGGAGGCAGAGAGCUGAUUUUUCUCUAUAUAUGAGCAGUAGGGGAAGGAAUCCUAUCCCAGUAAAAUCCAGCACUCUGGGACAAACUGUCAUCAGAUCAGACUCUGGGGGUUUCACGUUUGAAUCAAUCCACAGAUUUUAAGAGGCAUUUCAGGCAAAAUAAUCUUUUUUAUUGAACUAUCUUUCACAUCUACUUUAUCUGACAGGAGCAUGGGAAAAGAUUAUUAUUCAAUUUUAGGGAUUGAAAAGGGAGCUUCGGAAGAUGACAUCAAGAAAGCUUAUAGAAAACAGGCUCUCAAAUGGCACCCAGACAAGAACAAAUCUGCUCAUGCAGAGGAGAAGUUUAAAGAGAUUGCUGAAGCCUAUGAGGUGCUAAGUGACCCCAAAAAGAAAGAGGUGUAUGAUCAGUUUGGGGAAGAGGGACUUAAAGGAGGGUCUGAAGCACCAGAUGGACAUGGUGGAAACUUUCACUAUUCUUUUCAUGGUGAUCCACAUGCAACAUUUGCUGCAUUUUUUGGUGGAGCAAACCCAUUCGAAAUGUUCUUUGGGAGAAGGAUGCCGAGUGGCCGGAAUGAUGAAGACAUGGAGUUAGAUGAGGACCCAUUCCCAUUUAGUUCAUUUACAAGUUUCGACAUGAAUGGAUUUCCAAGAGAAAAGAAUCAGGUUGGUAACCAGUUCCGCCGCAAGCAGGACCCACCUAUAAUUCAUGACCUAAGAGUGUCUUUGGAAGAGAUCUACCAUGGCUGUACCAAAAGAAUGAGGAUAUCCCGGAAACGGAUGAAUCCCGAUGGGAGAUCUGUACGGACUGAAGAUAAGAUUCUUACCAUAGAGAUAAAGAAAGGUUGGAAAGAGGGCACCAAAAUCACAUUUCCCAGGGAGGGGGAUGAAACUCCCAUGACCAUUCCUGCUGACAUUGUUUUUGUUGUUAAAGACAAACCUCAUGCACACUUUAAACGGGAUGGGUCAAAUAUUGUGUGUCCUGUACACAUAAGCUUGCGUGAGGCUCUCUGUGGAUGCUCAAUCAAUGUGCCAACAUUAGAUGGAAGGAGCAUACCAAUGACAAUAAAUGACAUAAUGAAACCUGGUAUGAGACGGAGGAUUAUAGGAUAUGGACUCCCUUUUCCAAAAAACCCAGAACAACAUGGAGAUCUGCUUGUGGAAUUUGAAGUUAUUUUCCCAGAAAGCAUUCCUCAGUCAUCAAAGGAAAUUCUAAAAAGACAUCUGCCUGUUUCCUAGAUUUCCACUCAAAGCUAAAGGAUGCCUUGCCUAUGCAAAGUAUUACUGUAUGAUGAUAAACAUUUUUAUGCAGUUAUAUAGUUUUUGUGCCACAUGAUCUUCAUUUAGGGGCAGAUUUAUCAAGGGUCGAAUUUCGAGGAGAUGGGAGUUUUUUUAAACUCCCAUCACCUCGAAAUUCAAAUAAAAAAGACCAACCGAAAUUUAUUGAAAAAAAUAAAUAGAAUUUUUCACUUCGACCCUUAAUAAAUCUGCCCCUUAAUGUUUUUUUUAAUGCAUUGUGAUACAAACAGGCCUUUUAUCAGAAUGUAAUACUCCCUUUAAUGAGCUUUAGCAGGUUUUGGCAUUAGCUCAUUUUGGUGGGGACAAGCAGUAUUGUGAAACACAUGGCUUGAUAUAGCAUUUUAGGGGUGUUUGUUUCUUUAGAUUUAUUAUGUAUGUUUCUCUGUACUGAAAAUGUUGCAGUUCACACUCUAUGUUUAUAAAUCAUAAAUGUUUAUAAAAAAAAUUGUUUAAUAUAGUUUUUAAUCUGUAAUUUUAUCUACAGUUGUAUAAAUGAAUGCCAACGAUCAUAUUAUUAGCAUUCUUUACUGUGUGGUUUCUAGUACUGUGCGGUUUCUGUCUGAUCAUGCUAAUUUAUGUGUAACUGGCAGCAAGUUGUCCUUAAAAUGUAUGGCUAAGCACUUUGGAGCUAGACAUAGUUGUUCUAAAUUUAAGUGUCAUGCAUCACUUAGGCACAUUAAUGAUCUCAGGACCUACUGUAUGUUUUUAUUAACUCAACACUGUGUUUAUUGAAAGCACAGAACAGACUGCCUGAUAUCAGUAAAAUAGUUUCAAUAAAUGUUCACAUGGAUUGAGUUUUUUGAGGAGAAAUGAUGGAGCCCUUUGGGAUAACAGGUCAAUGUUUAUUGUGGGGGUCUAACCUGAAUGUAGGCAGGGAAUGAUGAACUUAGUACAGAUCUAGUUUAAAAUAGAUCACAGCAAGUCACAAGUCAUCUUUGGUAGCAUUUUGAAAUAUGAGAUGUGAAAUGCCAUGCCCUGUAGUCUCUGUAAUGUGGCAGUAUAUAAACAUGUGCUCACUGGCAGGCAAAAUUAAAGGCGUUUUGUAAGAAGACUAAUUGCAAAAGCAAAAUGAUAUCGUUGAAUUGAUUAACCUGGAAAUGCUCUAUUAGUAAAUUGGAUUUACAGACUAUAAUAACAGCUUUAUUAUGAAUUGCUUAGCUUGUGUGGAAUUGCAAAAAAGAAAAUUUAUUUUUUAACAUGCAUUAUUUUUUCAUUGUGAUACUACUAUAUUAGAAGAACUAUGAUUGUGUGGCUAUUGACAUAUUUUACAUCUUAGGGAGCAUUUUGUUACUUAUUUUAAACAGUGCUGGCACUAUAUAUUUUUUUUUUUUUGAACUAGCAUGUAGUUGAUCCUAGGUCCAUCAACCUAAAGUGAUAAAGGAUAAAGGAGUAUAAAAUGUUAUAAAAAUAUC